AUGGGAAUUAAAGGCUUGACGAAGUUCAUCGCGGACGCAGCGCCGAACGCAAUUAAGGAGAUAAAAAUUGAGAACCUGAUGGGGAGAGUGGUGGCCAUCGAUGCGUCCAUGUCUUUGUACCAAUUUAUAAUAGCCAUAAGGGACUCUGAGCAGUAUGGAAAUUUGACGAACGAGUCUGGGGAAACGACUUCACACAUAUCGGGGCUCAUGUCGAGAAGCAUAAAGCUCAUGGAAAACGGCCUGAAGCCGAUCUACGUGUUUGACGGAGCUCCCCCUGAGCUGAAAGGAUCCGAGUUAGAAAAAAGAGGAGAGAAAAGACAAAAGGCAGAAGAAUUAUUAAAGAAAGCUAAAGAGGAAGGAAAUUUAGAAGAAAUCAAAAAACAAAGUGGAAGGACAGUAAGGGUUACGAAAAAGCAAAAUGAAGAAGCAAAAAAAUUAUUAACACUAAUGGGAAUCCCAGUUGUGGAAGCCCCAUGCGAAGCAGAAUCACAGUGUGCCUUUUUAACCAAGUACAAUUUAGCGCACGCAACAGCCACGGAAGACGCAGACGCAUUAGUGUUUGGAACCAAAAUCCUAAUUCGAAAUUUAAAUGCCAAUGCAUCAUCAUCCAAUCAAAACAAAAAUAAAAACUCGAGUAAAAGAGGAUACAUACUAACCGAAAUUAACCUCGAGCAAGUAUUAAAAGGAUUAAAUUUAAGCAUGAACGAGUUUAUCGAUUUCUGCAUCCUGUGUGGCUGCGAUUAUUGUGACACCAUCAAAGGAAUCGGGUCCAAGACGGCUUACAAUUUAAUAAAGGAAUAUAAUAGCAUUGAGAAAAUUAUAGAAAAUAUUGACAAGGACAAGUACCAAAUUCCUUCCAACUUCCGCUUUGUAGAAGCUAGGGAUUCUUUUAUUAACCCUAAAGUUUUGUCUAAAGAGGAAAUUAAAAUUGAUUGGUGUGAACCUAAAAUUGAAGAAUUAAAAGAGUUCCUAAUCAAGGACUACAAUUUUAACGAAGUUAGAGUUACCAAUUAUAUUAACAGAUUGUUGAAAGCGAGGAAAGUAACCACUCAGAGACGCCUAGACAACUUUUUUACCGCCUGCACGAAGAAGAGCACCAAACUCAUCAUUGAGGAAAGUCAAAGUCAGAAGGAGGUGAAGACAAAGAGGAAGGGAAAGAAAAGGGACGCACCGAACGACAGCACUACGAAACUCAACUCCAAGCAGAAUAAGAAGCCCAAGGCGGAAAAGGAAACCAAAACGGAGCAGAACGACGAAGACGCCCAUAAUGGGGACGAUAACGAGGAGGAAGGGGGAGGAGAAGGAACUGCCGACAUGGCCGCGAAAGACCCCUUUGACACCGAGGAAGAGGAGGACAACCCUAGCCCUAACUUCUUCCACCACAAAUCCGACUCCGAAUCAGGUAAUAUAAAAAAAGAAAAUACGGAGCAGGAUGGAAGCGCCGCCACAAUGGGUGAUGCGUAUAACUGCUCCAAUGGAAAGGACAUAUUAGAAAGUAACGUACACCUAAGUAGCAAUAUCACCCUACACAGUUUUAACAAUGUGAACAGUGACCAGGCAGUCAACGAGAGCAUGCACGUCGUAGGUAGUAGUGCCCCCGAGGCAGGCACCAACCAUGUAGGCAGCGGUGAUCAGUUCACUCCGAACGUCGCCAAUUGUGUGAAUACCGACGCUGAUAAAACUCAGCCCGAAAUGAAAAAAAAAAACAUUUUAUUUUUGCUGCCCUAUUGCCCCAAGAAUGUUACUAAUGUGAAGAAGAGGAAAUCCGUUCAGCGUUGUUAA